AUGUUGUUGGGAUACACAACAAGCGACUAUAAUAAACAUUGCAUUAAAUUUGCAUAUGGAUUUUCUAGUCCUUCUAUCGUGUUUCCAGCUCAACUCAAUAAUGGCCAAGACGUACUCGUUGAUGACUACUACCAAUCGUACAUGUGGAUGAAAGCAAACACCCCUCAAGACGCACGUUUUCUGGCCUGGUGGGACUACGGCUAUCAAAUCACUGGUAUCGGCAACCGAACCACGCUGGCCGACGGUAACACCUGGAACCACGAGCACAUCGCGCUCAUAGGUAAGAUUAUGAUGUCAUCAGUGGAAAAAGCGCACUCGCUAGCACGGCAUAUGGCAGACUACGUAUUAAUUUGGACCGGAAGUAAUGGCGAUAUCGGAAAGUCGAUACAUAUGGCGAGGAUUGGCAACAGCGUGUAUCCCGAUGUCUGUCCCAAUGACCCGCAAUGUUCAAAUUUCAUGUUUCGUGAUAACUCUCGGACUCCACCCAAGAUGCUGCGGCAGUCCUUCCUAUAUAACAUGCAUGAACACGGCGUAGGCGGUGUGGAGCUUAACCAAAGCUUGUUUCGCGAGGUGUACCGAUCGAAAUACAACCUCGUACGAAUCUUCGAGGUGCUCAACGUGAGCAAAAAGAGCAAGCGUUGGAUAGCAGAUCCGGCAAAUCGCGUGUGCUAUCCGCCUGGGUCUUGGAGCUGUUCUGGGCAGUACCCACCUGCAAAGCCUAUCCAAGACAUGCUGGCAACAGCUGUGAAGCUUAGGUAG